AUGGUAGACCUGUUUCUCGAUCGGGUCCUGGUGAAGAACAACAGGGACCAGGAUGAGCUGGAUACUGAACAUGAGAUUGCCAUUCGCCUACAGAACCGCAUCCUGAUGCUCUACUUUGCUUCUGCUGUAUGUGACCGAUGUCGAGAGUUUGCGCCCAAACUCAGUGACUUCUUCACACGCUUGACGGAUGAGUUCUAUGUGGAUCGCUCUGCUCAGCUGGUCCUCCUGUACAUCAGUUUGGACCAAUCAGAAAAAUAUCAAUUCGACGUUCUCAAACAGUUGCCCAAAAAGUGCCUGUUCCUCACUUAUGGGGACCCCUACAGGAGGGAGCUGGAGGACAUGUUUAACAUCAAAGAGCUUCCCACAGUGGUGGUCUUGCGUCCCGACUGCUCGGUCCUCACCCCAAACGCAGUAGAUGAGAUCAUCCUCCUCGGUCCGGAGUGCUACCGCAACUGGAAGGAAGCGGCGGAGCUCAUUGACAGGAACUUCAUGAUCAGUGAGGACUUUCAGGAGAAGUCCAUGCGCAGUUUCACUGAUCCUUUGAGAAGACUCAAGUACAAGGUGGAGAAUGAGAAGAAAAGGAAUGAGACUAAAGGAUGGGGUGGAGAUGUGGGGGAUCAUGCAGAGGUGGAUCAAAAAGGAGACAGCUCACUAUGGUGA